CCGCCAUAUUCAUCGCGCUAUACUCGUAGCUUUGGAUCCAUAACGAUGCGUUUCUUUUUGCAUACCAAAGAUAACAUUACCUGUCAUUAUAGAAAAGCUCAGUUUCAGAGUGCUUAAGUUUUACUCAAAAUUCUCAAGAUUCCACUUAGAAAAUAAUCAGGAAUUCAUUCAGCAAUAAAUUCUAACAAUAAAGAUACGCGUAAACUUAAAAAAACACCGAAAUUAUGCAAACAUAUAUCCAUCAAGCGCUCCCGUAAAAUUCCUGCGUAUAUCUUCCGCACCACUACAUCUCCGGAAUCGUGAACGAUCCUCAGCCGAAAUCGGUGUGUAUAUACCGGUAUAUACAUCGCGUCCGAGUAAAACCGGUUCGCCGUUCACCUUGACUCUGCGCAAGAGAUCUUUUCCUUCGUGCACACAAUUAUUCCUAUAGAUCCACGUACAUACAGAUAUAUUCGAGCAUUUCACUCGGAUCUUGGAUGUUGGAGACUGGCGUGGAUAUGUACAGCCCCACGAUGUUUCAAAGCUUUCAACUGAACAUUUGGUCAUGCUCGAUCAUCUUCGUGGUGAUAGCUGCCCUGCUGAUCGGCGGCCUCGUCUUCCUCCUCUGUCUUCUGCGGCUCUACGUCUAUCUCAGCACCGGCGUCUGCAAGAGCAAGGCCAGCAUGAAGGGCAAGACCGUCUUGAUAACCGGAUGCACCUCAGGAAUCGGCAGGGAAACUGCCCGGGAUCUCGCCAAACGAGGCGCCAGGAUCAUCAUGGCUUGCAGGAAUGUCGAGGCUGCCAGCAAACUCAAGGAUGAACUGGUAAAGGAAACCGGCAACACACAGUUGGUAGUCCGCAAGUUGGACCUGUCGUCUUUGGACUCGGUGCGUGACUUUGCCAACCAGGUUAAUCGUGAAGAAAGCCGCCUGGACGUCUUGAUACACAACGCCGGAACUGCCGAGACCUUCAACAAGAAGGUUAGCGACGAUGGACUCGAGAUGACCAUGGCUACUAACCACUAUGGACCUUUUCUUCUCACUCAUCUUCUCAUUGAUCUGCUGAAAAAGUCCACCCCAAGCCGCAUCGUGAUAGUGGCCUCGGAGCUUUACCGCAUCGCCACUUUGAACCUGAACAACCCCAACCCGACGGCGACGUUGCCCGCCUACCUCUACUACGUCUCCAAGUACGCCAACAUCGUCUUCACCCUGGAACUGGCUCGUAGACUCGAGGGCAGUGGCGUAACCGUCAACUGCCUUCACCCUGGUAUGAUCGACAGCGGAAUCUGGCGCAGUGUGCCGGCACCUUUAUCCUGGGGUCUUCAGCUCAUCAUCAAGGGCUUCUUCAAGACUCCCGAACAGGGAGCACAGACCACCAUACAUCUGGCGGUUUCCGACGAGCUCGAGGGAGUCAAUGGAAAGUACUACCUCGAUUGCAAGGAGAGCAGCUUGUCUUCCGGUGUGAGCGACCCGGCCAAAGGCAAGAAGUUCUGGGAGAUCAGUGAAACUCUCGCGAAACUGAAGCCUACCGAUCCGAAGAUAUAAACAUUCCUGUGGCAAUAAUGGAAUCGUCCGUCGAGCAUUUCACAGUCCGUCCGCAUACUACUUAUGUUUUUUUAUACAUUUUAGUUUUAUUAUUUUAUUUAACUUAAGGGAGCAAGGCUCCUUCGCAUUACAUAAUGUAUGUAUCGGAUGAUGUUUUUUUUUGUUUACAAAUAUUUCAUUGAUUACAAAAGUAUAAGAAUUUUUUUGACAUUUUAUGAUUCACUUGUUCAUGUAGCAAUUGUUAAACUCUGUGAUAAAUUAAUAAAGAUCAAGUUUGUUUUAAUUUAUAAAAUAUACUUCCCAACA